GUGUUUAAAUAUUAACGGUAUUCUCCAACGUUCUUUUACGGAACAUUCCUAACUUAGCAAACGAAGGACGGUUUGAGGUGCGCGCGCGCUCUUGUGUUUUGUGUCCGGCUAACCUGGGAGUCAGCGCCGGUGGGACCAAGGCAGGCGAGUGUAAGACGUGCAAGGAAUUGCGCUGAAUCUCGGCGAGCGAGGAGAAACUUGGCAGGGAGGGGCCGGGGAGAGACAGACAGACGCUGGCUGGGGAGCUUGAUAAUCUAAAUUCCGAAAGUGGGGAUAGACGAAGGAGGGAGGGAAUCGUUUCUUUCCUCCCGUUUUGGAGGGGGCAACUCAGUCAAUCAAGGGGACGUGCACCUGAGGCAACGGUGCGUCAGGGGAUUGAGAAUGUGCUAACAACAAUGCUAGGAUUACAAUGGGAAGUGUCACACUUCGCUAUUUCUGCUAUGGCUGCCUCUUCACAUCUGUGACUUGGACACUUCUACUCUUUAUUUAUUUCAACUUCAGCGAAGAGACCCAGUCUUUCAAGAAUGUGCCCAUCAAGGGGCUUGAACCUCAGAAGCCAUUUCCUAAAAAGAUCUAUCCCCGUUUUGUCCAUGGGCCAGUACACAUACCUGAAGCUCACCAAAGAUACAGUAAGAACAGGAAUCCAUUGGGAAAUGCUGUACAAGAUCCAAUCAAGGGGGAUACUGAGAUUUCUCCUGAAAUGGGUAUGAUUUUUAAUGAACAAGACCAGGAAGUGAGAGACUUGGGCUAUCAAAAGCAUGCUUUCAAUAUGCUCAUCAGUAACCGGUUGGGAUAUCACAGAGAUGUGCCAGACACAAGAGAUGCAAAGUGUAAAGAAAAAAGUUAUCCUCAUGAUCUGCCCUAUGCUAGCAUUAUAAUUUGUUUCUAUAAUGAAGCAUUCUCUGCCUUGCUUCGGACAGUGCAUAGCGUUUUGGACCGCACACCAUCUAAUCUUCUCCAUGAAAUUAUCUUGGUGGAUGACAGUAGUGAAUUAGCUGAUCUGAAAGAAGAAUUGGAUACUUAUUUAACAAAAAAUCUUCCGAACAAUAUAAAGCUAGUCAGAAAUGAGAAGCGAGAAGGGCUAAUUCGUGGGAGAAUGAUUGGAGCUUCCCAUGCUACAGGGAAGGUACUUGUGUUUCUGGACAGUCACUGUGAGGUGAAUGAGCUGUGGUUGCAACCUUUGCUGACACCCAUCCAGGAAUCACGAAAAACAGUGGUUUGUCCUGUCAUCGAUAUAAUCAGCGCUGACACACUUACCUACAGCUCUUCCCCAGUUGUCCGUGGAGGGUUCAACUGGGGUCUGCACUUUAAAUGGGAUCUUGUUCCUUUGUCAGAACUGGAAGGCCCUGAGGGAGCCACUUCUCCAAUCAAGUCACCUACAAUGGCAGGAGGCUUGUUUGCAAUGGACAGAGAAUAUUUCAAUGAACUUGGACAAUAUGAUAGCGGCAUGGACAUCUGGGGAGGGGAAAACCUAGAAAUAUCAUUUCGGAUCUGGAUGUGCGGGGGCAAACUUCUCAUCAUCCCAUGCUCCAGAGUCGGACACAUCUUUCGUAAAAGGCGACCUUAUGGUUCCCCAGGCGGGCAGGAUACUAUGGCACACAACUCUCUACGGCUAGCUCAUGUGUGGAUGGAUGAAUAUAAGGAACAGUAUUUUGCUCUGCGACCAGAAUUACGUACAAGGAACUAUGGGAAUAUUACUGAUCGUGUGGAGUUGAGAAGAAAGUUGAACUGCAAAUCAUUUAAGUGGUAUUUAGAUAAUAUAUACCCAGAGAUGCAAAUUUCUGGAUCUAAUGCCAAAGUACAGCCACCACUCUUUUUCAACAAAGGGCAAAAACGACCAAAAACAUUGCAACGUGGACGGCUGCUUCAUCUUCAGACAAAUAAAUGUCUUGUUGCCCAAGGCCACCCAAGUCAAAAAGGAGGACUUGUUGUGGUCAGAGAGUGUGAUUACAAUGAUCAAAAUCAGAUAUGGCUUUACAAUGAAGAUCAUGAGCUGAUCCUAAACAAUCUCCUAUGCUUGGAUGUGUCUGAAUCUCGCACUUCUGAUCCACCACGCCUUAUGAAAUGCCAUGGAUCAGGAGGAUCUCAGCAAUGGGUGCUUGGGAAACAUAAUCGACUCUAUCAGGUGUCCGUUGGGCAAUGCAUGAAGGUAGCUGAUCCGCUUAGCCUCAAAGGAUAUGUGACUAUGGCAAUUUGUGAUGGCUCCCUCCCUCAGCAGUGGCGCUUUGAAAGCUGAGUGACAGUGAAGGCCCAUUUCCACAGUAGCCCAGAGUUGAUCUUAUAGAGCCUGCAGUCCCUGCUGCUAUUUCUGAAACGGAACAGUUUGGGAAGCUUUUAGAAGCAAGCGGAAUAGGAGCUGUGGCAGCCACAUUUCAAUCUCUACACACAUAGAAGUGCAAUUCAUGUAGGUUUUUUGCACUUCCCUGGCAAAUGUAGAUACUCUAAUAGUUAGACCAUUGUAUUUAAUUAGGAAAGAAAAUUAAUAUUGAAUAUUUCCAAUAGUCAGAUGACUACCUUGUCUUGCCAGUACUUCUUGCACAAGUAUUACUGUAAUAUUAUUUUCUUUGUUUGGAUGAAUUAUUUCAACUGAUCUGGAAAAAGAAUAUUCAUUUUUAAACAAAUCUCUGUAUUUAAUUUUAAUUCAUUGAUUUUAACAUGUUACAUAGUUAACAUUUUAUGUCACAGCAUUUAAAAUAACAGUCAUUGCAGCAUCCAGAAUCAUGAAGUGGAAGUAUGUUUAUGCAGUGGGUCUCAUGCCUUCUCCCUGCUGCCCUCUCCCCCUGUAUCCCAAAAGCCUCCCAAAAGAUCUGGGAAUCCUUAGGGAGGUUUUGGAAUGGGGGCUGCAGCAGUCGGGAACAAUUACUGGAAUUCAGGUAGGGGCUGACUUGCAAUAGCAGAAGUGCCUUUCUGCUUGCGAAACUUGAAAUUGGCAUUUUAAGAUCAAGUAUGGAACUUUUUCUGUUAUAAUCAGUUUCUGAGUAAAGAGGUCAACAGAAAUGAUUAUGGUGCAAGAUGUAUGUAUCUCCUUUUGAGGUUCCUAAAAAGCCUUCCUGCUUGGCAGGGGGUUGGACUGGAUGGCCCUUGUGGUCUCUUCCAACUUUAUGAUUCUAUGUGUGGACUUUUAAAUUUCUUCCUCUGGAUUGAAACCAUUAAUUGCUGAUUUUUCCUUUAUUGGUUCAUUCAGCACUGGUUUAAAAUGCAGUUGCAUAAUAAACUUGUGAAAAUACUUCAGGGUUAACAAUGUUUCAAACAUUUUCUGUCUUUCUCUGAAAUCGGGCAAUAUGCUGAAGACCUUGUCCAAAGCUUGGGGGGACGGGAAGAGAGAGAGAUCUGUACCUUAUAAGAAUUUCUUAAGUUUUAAUUUGCCACAGAGUUAAUUUUUACUGAUUUGUGGACUGUAUGCUGCUCAGCAUACAAAUGGAAUACCAGCUAGUGUAUGCCACCUGCUUAAACAGGUCGUCUAGUUAGGCCUGUGUCCCCAGCACAUAACACAGCACACUAUGAACACUUCUGAGCAUAGACUGCACUUUCAUUUCAGUGAAGCUAGCUCCUCUGUAAGUAUGGGGGAGAAAGCCCUUGUUAGGAAACAGUGGAGGGCAGCCCUCAUCCAACAAAACAUUGGCUAUCAGCUCCACUGUGUUCAUACAACAAGAAAGCUGUGAUGGAAGUUAUAGUGUCAAUUCAAGGAAUUUGAAUCUGUCCUAAUAUUUACUGUACCUUAUUUUCAAAGAAUUGAGCAGAUUAUAUCCAGAUGUGGAAGGCUAUGACAUCCAGAAUAGAAAAUUGGGUGGAGGACUUCCGGUUUGCCGCGCUGGCGGAGAGACGCAGAAACCUCGAGCUCCAAGGUUUCUGGCUCAGUGGAGGGGGGGGGAAUUCCGUGGGGGCGAUGCGGACCCCCAUAGAACCCCGGGUAGAGUGUCCCGGGGGCAAAAUAGCUCGGCAGAGCUCCAGGAGCGACUCCUCCGCUGCCCGGUAAGCUCGUAAGAGCCCCGAGAGCCAGCGGAGUUGUAGUCGCGGGAGCCAUUUUGAGCACCAACGUUGCCUCCACGAAGCAAAGCUCCAAGCCUACAGCCUUCAAGCGGCGGAUUCUUCCCUUCAAAAAGAAGAGAUUUGGAUCAAGUAAGUCAAAAUUUUGUGAAUUGGACUGGAUAAUUGGCGCUGGGAGGAGGCUUAAAAGGGAAGUCAGCCCCCCCACUUGAGCAAUGGACGAUGCAGUAGAGCUGCGGAAAGCUCAGAAAUUUUUUUUAAGAACUUUUUUCCUGAUGCAGAGUAAGGGAAAAAGAUAAAUUGUGCAUAGAUCUCUGAAAAAGACUGAUUUGACAAGGGGAAACCCCCCGUGAACUUGGAGUCGGGUCAAAGGAAGGACCGGCUAGCUGAUUUUAUGGCGUCACAAUAGAAAGGAAUGUGACUGUCUGUAUGAGUCCGAGACUGAGAGCUGUAAACAAGCGAAAGAGGAAGCUUUAGAAAUAAAAUUUUAAGGCUACUCAGUGUUGAAUUUGAGGCUGAAUAAUAAGAGAAAAAGUAAAGAAAUAGAGGUUGGAUCCAGUUCAGAUGGGACUUUAUUCUUUUUAUACUUGGAAAAUAUAAAACAAGGACAACAACAAUACCACUUCCUGCUCUGCCACAAUUAUGGAGGUGGAAAGCAUCAACAGGAAGGAAGAGAAGGGUCUGGACUGUGAGAAGAAUGGUACACAGUGGGACUUGAUUUUGACAACAAUUCUGGAAAUGACAGAGGAAAUUCGCAAUCCUAAAGGUGUUGCAACAAGCAUGGAUGAGAGGAUUGAUGAAUUAAUAGAACUGAAUUUUGAAGUGGACGAUCCAUAUGAAUACAGGGAGGAAGAAGAGGAAGAAGAAUCAGGGGAAGGACUAAAAGACACAUGCUGUGACUUGAUUAUAGGGGAAAUUCUGUAAAUGACAGAGGAGAACCGCAACCCUGAAGGAAAUGCAACAACUACAGGAAAGAAGACUGCUGAACCAACAGAACUGAAUUUUGAGAUAGAAGAGGAAGAAGAAGAAACCACUGUUUCACCGGUGGGAGGGGUGGAACAGGGAAGGGACUUGACUCAAAAGUCCCCCAAAAAAGGGAAAAACAAAAAGGUUGUUACCCCAGUGAGAGAGGGGGAGAAGGAAGCAUGUGGGGGGGGGAGAAAGAGAAUGUGAUUGAAGAUAAUAUGUUGGGAAUACAGCAGGGGGGGGGAAAGGGCUGAGCAAAGUUUGGAUUGGGACAGAGCAGGAGUGGGAUGAGGAGGAACCGGGGUGAUUUUUAUAGGUGGACAAAACACGAUCUGAACUCGGAAAGUAUUAAGGAGCUGGCUGAAAUCUCUGGAGACAUCGAUUCCAAGGAAAGGGGAGUUUUGAGGGUGGGAAUAAAAAGGGGGAAAAGAUUUUGAAAAUUAAUUAUGAUUUUUUUGGGUAGAGAAUAAUGGGUAAUAAAAGUAAAGAGAAGUAUGAAGGGUAAUUGAUCAAUAAGAAGUUAUAAGUUGGGAGAAAGAAUGUUAUUUUAGAUUUGGAAACUGCAAUAAUUAGUUAUUAAUAAGGAACUCAAGAAGGGGAAAUGAGGAAGUCCGAAAUGUUUAGAUUAGAAAUUGGAAAAUAUAAGUAUGUCUUUUAUAUUUUUAUUUUGGUUUUUUCUUUCUAUUUCUCUUCCACUUCUCUAUAUAAAAUUGAAUAAGAAUUAUUUAAGGUUACAAAUUGGGAGAUAGGAUGUAAUUUUAUGAUGUUUAACCAAGAUCUGGAAAUGGUAUGAAUUAAUUAUUAACAAGGAUUGUAAGAAGGGGAAGUGAAGUAGUUUGAAGAGAUAAGAUGUGAUAAUAUUGUCACUUUUGCCUUUUUUAUUUCUGUAUUCUUUUUAUUUAUUUUUCUUUUUAUUUUUUCUUCAUGUAAAAUUCAAUAAAUAUUAUUUUAAAAAAAUUGGGUGGAGUUCCUGAGGUGGGUAGUGUUUUAACUCCACAGAUCAUUCAAAAGCCAUAUACUAUAAUGGUCUGGGAAGCAUUCAGCUUAUAUGAACCAGCACUGUGGCUUUCUUCCAGCUUUAUCUGCUCUAGGCUAUGUGCCUCUCAGCAAAUAAAUCAUUGCUUUUGGUAUUUUA